AUGCCAUUUCCUAGGCUAUCACCAAUUUAUAAAAUACUUCCGAAUGUUUCUAUCACAAAUCAAUACCGAUCAUCGAAUGUAACGACGAUCCAAAAAGGAGCGACAACGUGGUUAGGAGCUAUUGUACAACUACCAUCGAAAAAUAUUAAUAUCCGAGGUCUUAAUUCUCCUACUUUACAUCGAGAUUCACCAGAGCCAUAUACUGGAUUUGGAAUUAUUCGUUUAUAUAGUAUGCGCUUUUGUCCAUAUGCUGAACGAGCUAUCAUUUAUUUAGCUAAAAAAAGAUUACCAGUGGAAAUAACAAAUAUCAAUCCAGGAAAUGUACCAAAAUGGUUUUUAAAUAAAAGUCCGCUUGGUCGAGUGCCAGCUCUUGAAAUGAAUGGCAAUACAAUUUAUGAAUCAUCAAUAAUUGCUGAAUAUCUUGAUGAAAUAUUCCCCGAAACAGCUAUUCUCCCGCAUCAUCCACUUAUGAAGGCUAAUCAGAAAAUUCUUGUUGAAAGAAUGUCACCGCUUAUUUCUAUAAUGUUCAAAACGUUACAUCCCAAUAAUGCUACAAUUCAACAAAUUGUUGAUAAAUCAUUACAUAAUGUUCUUCGAAAUGCAGAAAAUUUAUUAAUGGAUAAUGAUUUUUAUGGAGGAAAAACAUUAGGCUUUGCUGAUAUAAUGAUGUGGCCAUUUUUGGAACGAUUACAACUUGUGACAGUUAAUCCAUAUACAGAAUUCAGAUAUUUCCCAGGUAUUUAUUAUCCGAAAAUAGGCGCAUAUAUGGCUCGUAUGCAAAGACAGUCACUUGCACUUCAUUGGAAACUCAGCGAGCUAAUUUCCAAAUUUACGAUACAAAAAUCAAGGAGAAAUACUUUCUACAUACAACUCAUACAAUCUUACUACCACAAAGAUAUUACCGAACGACUUUUUUGUC